AUAUACUUUUUGCUUUUGGAAAAACCCAAGCCUUCAGUAUCGACGCAUUUCGCCUGAUAGUAAUAAUUAUUGUCCUCGAUCUUUAACAUCCAUAUAAACGCUGCGUACUAAGAUUACAAUGGCGACACGCGCAGUGUACGGUUUCAGUUUAGCUAUUGUGACGCUGCUCGUCUUGGAGACUUUCGCAGAUUCCUUUGUUUGCGAUAUAAAAAAACGUUAUCGAGAGAAUAAGUGCAAUUACUGCGCCUGCACGACAGCUCUCAAAAAGGAGUUGCAGUUUUCCUGUACCAAAAUGGGCUGCCCUAAUGGGGAGUACGCUAAGCUUAGAAAUUGCGAUCCUACCAUCCCAUCUCCGUACAAAAAUUGUUGGUGUUUUCAACGAUGGGGCACAAUCUGUGAGAUUCCAAAAAACAAUUUGCAAAGCUACAAUUUAUGAAAGACUUACCGAAAAAGCAGUUAUCCCCAACAAUUCCGUUUUACUUGUGUUUUUUUUUUCAUUAUCAACGUAUCAAACACCAAUUACUUCUGUAGAGUGUAGAGCACUAAAUUAUUAAACUCGGAAUUGAUUGGCUUCCAAUACAAUAAAGCCUACCACGAAUGA